GCAGCCUCAUAGCCCGGGUGGUUUCCCCCCUAUAAGAAAGCUGGCUGAGUGAAUUGGGUGUAGCUGUGUCUGUGUGCGCCUUGGCCAAUGGAACCAGAUCCUCCCUGCAGUGCGUAAGAGCGCGAUUUAGGAUUUAACCAAGUCUUUGCUGCGGGGCUGGCUGCAGUCUUCACCAGAGCCCGACGGCCUGAGAGUCUCUCAACAAUGCCAGUGUAGUUUUCACACCACUUUGGAGUCAGACUGCCUCGUUUUUCUUUUUUUGCAAAUCAAAUUAAACCGACCCACGCGUUCCCCUCUCGAAGUAUGACUGGAGUAUUCGACCGGAGGAUCCCGAGUGUGAAAAGUGACUUCCAGAGCUCCUUUCAACUCUCCACCAUGCACCAUCCGUCUCAGGAAUCUCCUACUUUACCCGAGUCCACCGCCACGGAUUCUGGCUACUACAGUCCCGCCGGUGGAGUCACCCACGGCUACUGCUCGCCCAGCUCCACCUCGUACGGGAAGCCUCUCAAUGCCUACCAGUACCAGUACCCGAGUGUAAAUGGAUCCGCUGGAAAUUACUCGACAAAAUCCUACACUGAUUACAGCUCGUACACGACCCCCGCCUACCACCAGUACGCUGGGACUUACAGCAGAGUGCAAGCCCAGCCGAGUCCACAAGAAAAAGAGAUAAGCGAGCCUGAGGUGAGGAUGGUGAACGGCAAACCGAAGAAAGUGAGGAAACCCCGGACUAUCUACUCCAGCUUCCAGCUGGCCGCUCUGCAGAGGCGGUUUCAGAACACACAGUAUCUGGCGCUGCCGGAGAGAGCCGAGCUCGCUGCCUCGCUGGGACUCACGCAAACACAGGUCAAAAUAUGGUUUCAGAACAGGAGAUCAAAAAUGAAGAAGAUCAUGAAAAACGGCGAGCUUCCACCAGAGCACAGCCCCAGCUCCAGCGACCCCAUGGCGUGCAACUCUCCACAGUCCCCGGCCGUCUGGGACACACAGGGCCCCUCCAGGCCGCACAGCCUACAGCCACAAAACAUCAACACGACGGCGUCUAACUUUUUGGAAAACUCGGGGUCAUGGUACACCUCAGCUGGCAGCUCCAUGGCCGGCCACCUGCAGACCCCUAACUCGAUACAGCACUCGUUGGCUCUUGGAGCGGGGACGUUAUAUUGAAAAAGCCCCCUGUUGUUCAUUUCAAAUCUUUUUUUUUCUCCUCCUUCUAUGGGACUCGUGUUCAAAUUUCAGAGGAAUAUGCAAUGUAUUUGAUGACAGUCAUAGAAGAAACGUGUAAAAUGUGUAAAUGUGUGCAUGUAAUUUAUUGCAUUUUUUGGAAGACUAUUAAACGUUUAAAUGGACAAUGGAACUUUGCAACCUCCGGCCUCACUGCAGUCUCCUGUUAUUUUAACCCUCCGUUAUUUACACUGAAAAUCACGACAAAGACUAACAGACAUAAAUAAUGUUGGUGAGCCUCAGGUGACGUCUCCACACAAGGUUGUAAAGCACAGCUGCUCCGUGCUGAGGCGAAUCUAAAAAAAAAUGUCGUAAAUCUAUAGUUUCCACUCGACAUGACACCUUCAAUCUAGCAAUAUUUAUUCUGUAAUUUUUUAUUUUUUAUUAAAGAUAUUACACAGAUUUGUGUUGGAGAUGGGGAUGAGUGUGGAAUAAGCUUUGUAUUUUCCUUUACCAUCAGGCUCAUUUUAAUCUACGAUGAUAUGGAAGGAAAGUAGUGCAAAAUUAUGAUUUUAUUAAACAGACAAUAAGCCAAAAAAAAUGUGUUAUUGUAAAUACAUUUCUGAGAAAACAUGGCCACAAUGUACCACUGUUAGCCUAAUCCUACCAUUAUAAUUACACUCACCGGUGUUUG